GUCCCCGAUGCUGCGAGUCAUGGCCAGGCGCCCGUUGACGUUGGCCUGACCAACGCUGUUCCACGUUACAAAACCUCCAGCGCUGUAGAUCCUGGAGACACGCACAGUGGAUUAAGUUCCCAAGUGAGUUUCUUGGCUCCUCCCUUCCUGCACAGCACGGCCCGGCUGUCCCCCACACUCCCAACCACUAACUCCACCCCAUCACGCAGCACAGCGACUGUGGCUGUGGUUCCAGCAGAGAGGACGGAAGCUGGAGAGGGAAGAGGUGUAGCAGAAGUCUGCAGCAUGUGGACCGCCGUGACCGUCAAAGACAGCAAAGUACAACAGGUUGUCCUGGAGCCGGGCGACACGAAGACGGUCCUCGUUCUGUUUCCUGAGACCCAGAACUGAGGAGCAGCCCACCAGGGACAGAUUCACCUGUGACUGAAGAGGCAGAGGGGCGGACCUUAGCCGACACUUCCUUCACAUAUACCCAAAGAUUCCCAGGAUACCAAGCGAUCUCUGAUGAUGAAGUCCAGACUGACUGACCCGCUUGCCUGCCUCACACCCCCCAACCUCGCCGCCCUCACCUGCAGAGAAAAACAUCAAGUUGACAGAGACGCUACACAUGUCGUAACAUCAGUGACAGCUAGGACACGCCGACUCUUAGCACCAGGUCGCAGCCAAUAGGCUGCAGCGAAGGCGAGGCCGCCUGACAAAAACAGAUGACAGGCUGUGGACCUUUGGUACUUAGACCAGACUCCACGUCCUCAUCCCUGUUUUGGCCCAUGGAUGCGGUGGAGACCAAGAGGAGCUGCCUGUACUGCUGAGUCCUGCCAGUGGGGGAGCAUUUACUGCAGCCACAUAACAGCUACUACGCAGAAGACUGGGGUGAAGCCAGGAUCUCUGCAGGAUGUGGGAGGAGAACUUUGAUACAGAGCAGUCGUCCAGUGAGGUUGGCCACAAGCUGGACUACUCGCCAGUGUCGUGGCGAGAAUAUUUUGACCAAAUGGAGGAUGUGAGCGUGGGUCCAUCAGACAGCAGAGACGUCUUCAAGGUCUAUAAGGCGGGGAGUGAAGGACCUCUGCUGGUUCUGCUGCACGGAGGCGGGCACUCGGCCCUGUCGUGGGCCGUCUUCACAACUGCCAUUUCCAGCAGAGUGACCUGCAGGGUAUUGGCCAUGGACCUCAGGGGUCACGGUGCCAGUGAGGUCCGCCAAUCAGACGAUUUCUCAACUCAAACAAUGUCCAGCGAUGUAGCUAAUGUGAUUAAAGCCUGCUACGGCGAGGCACCUCCACCCAUUGUUCUGGUUGGUCAUGGCGUUGGUGGGGCGAUUGCGGUGCAUACGGCCAGUAACGCACUGUUACCUACCACGGUGGGUCUGGUGGCCAUAGACGUCGUGGAAGGCAGUGCGAUGGAGGCUCUCCACAGCAUCCAGAACUUCCUGAAGGGCAGACCCAAGUCCUUCAAGUCCAUGGACCAUGCUAUAGAGUGGAGUGUGAAGAGUGGACAAAUCAGAAACCUAGAAUCUGCCAGAGUCUCUGUGGUUGGUCAAAUUAUAAGAUGUGAGGUGGAGGAGACAGACACUCUGGAGCAGGCCAGCCCUGUGACGGGUGUGGUGGUGGAGCGGAACGAGGAGUUUUAUGAUCAAAGCUAUGUAAACGACAAAGAAGACGCCGCCUCAGAGAGUGUGUAUAAGUGGCGUAUCGAUUUGUCAAAGUCGGAGAAGUACUGGGACGGCUGGUUUCGAGGAACCUCCAACCUCUUCCUGGCCUGUAACCUGCCUAAACUCCUGCUGCUGGCAGGAAUCGAUCGAUUGGACAGAGAUCUGACCAUCGGACAGAUGCAAGGUGAGACUUUAUUGCCUGGGACUCAGUUUGUUUCCAAACCAAGUAGGGAUGUAACGAGGCAUUGUGAAUUAAAUAAAAAUCAAUACAAACAGAUUAAAAAAAUCGAAAGAAUCGUGCAUCAAUACGUAAUGAGUAGGCGGCAUUAUCUCAAAAAGUCAGUGGUCAUACCAUGAGACUACACUCAGUAGUACAGUAGGUGGCGAUGUGCACCUAAAAACUGGUUGUGACCCAAUUAAAGGUCAGGUUCCUGCGUAGUGACAUUCAGGUGUUCAGACAGAACGUUUGUUUUCUAUUCUUUAAAAUCAGUCGUUUCAGUUUGAGUCUGUGAGGUACAGUAGACCAUUUCAGUUGUCAAUGAUAUUUUGCAUUGUUUAGUUUACAUCCCUGUAAUCAACACGAGCUCAUUUAUAGCUGAUGCUGGAUGCACACACACACACACACACACAUUAAGACACACAUCUUGAGACGGCAGCUCCUCCACAGCUGCUCUUGUCAGUCAACAGCUUCUCUGGAUGUGACAGCAGGUGUGUGUCUGUGUCUGUGUCUGUCUGUGUGUGUGCGUGCAAUGCAUCCCUGCCUCCAGGCUGAUUCAUGAUGCAGGUGCUGUCCCCCUGUGGCCACGCAGUGCAAGAAGACAAACCUGAAAAAGUGGCUGAAGCUGUGUCUUCUUUCCUCUUGAGACACAAAUUUGCUGAAGCCAGGAGAGAAACCAGGAGCUCCAACUCUUUCACACAAUGAAGUCUGUUGGUUCUGUUUAUCUCCACAUCAACAUCAUUCUGAUCUGCUGAGGUUCUUCAUGUGAAGAUCACAUCCUCUACCUUCUCUAAAACUUUUUUUGUGCACUCUACCAGGAAAAUGAAUAAAUAAAUAAAUUGAGAGAAAACAACAGAAACAAAAUCUCCUUCAGAAAAAGAAAUUCAGAUCAAGUCUCUAAUCUAAACUUUAACAGUGCUGUAUUAAAACAGAGAGAAGCCAGGUUUACGGCAAAGCAAAAUGUACAAUUAAAUAAACAAAAUAAUCUUGACUUCUGCCUCCAAAUUAUGAGAUUUAUCUUUAUCUCACAUUCAAUGAAAAUGAAAAAAUAGUAUAAAUAAAAAAGAGAUAAGGCCAUGGGGAAGAAAAAACUCAUUGGAAGAAGAAAAUCAAACCCUUGUUGAGUCAAAAGUAAACAUUUAAACACCAUCAUCAUCAAGAGAUCAGAAAAACAGGAUUAUGGGAUUAAUAAAUAAUUCCAACUGAUCCAACUGAUGAUGUCACGUAAAGUGAAACAAAUGAGAAAAAAAGUAACAAAUAUGAGAAUUUAGUCAGGUAUGAGAGUAAAAGUCAGAAAUUACUUUUGUUACCAGUUUGUUUUUUCUGCCUUCGUAAAAUGAGACUUUCUAAAUGUUCUCAGUGCAUUUUACGAGCGAACGAACUACGCUAACUCGACAUUAGAAAGGAACAAUGAAGUCAAGGUGUAAACAGCCAGUAUACACUGUUUCAUUAUAAAGUGCUAGGUAGCAACUAGCUAGGCUAUAGGUUAAUUGUAUUUGUUGGUUAGCCAGUUUAAAUAAUCCAAAGUAAUUAUUUUGAAAGUUGUUUGAUAAAUUCAAAAUUUGAGUUUGAUAAAAUACAGGGACUUUAGCCUUUUAGCCAAUUAGUAGUGGACUUAAUGUAAAAAUAAAUCAGAGGGAUAGUGAGAAAUGUUUUAAUUUCCUCAAAAGCUAACUUAAGCUCUGUUUGCAGACGCUAACUUCUGUUAGCCAACUUACAAAGACUGUUGGCUAGAGUAGCAUUUAGCUCGUAAUGUAGUUGCAGGUCAUUGAAAUGGAUGGUGGUGCAAAUUGUCUGUGAAUAGUGUUAGCAUUAAUAAAUGACUUUGUUGAGGACAAAGUUGACUGUGGGCCGUCUAUGUGUCUUGUUAACCAUUUAGUUUUCACCUUGUUUUUUUUUUUUUUUUGUCCUAAUGCAUUGUUUCUGUAGCAGCUUUGAUAUGUUUAAAUAGUUAAGUCCACCUUAAUACUGGUUAGCCAAGUAAACUGUUAAUUUUUAUAAUUGUAUGUAGACACAUUUUAUUCAGAAAUUGCAAUUUGAU